AUGUCGAAGAGUCAAAUCAAACGGCUCCAUGAGCAACAGGAACUUGAGAAAGUUGCGGCAAAUGCUGAAGAGGUUGAGGAUGUGCCGGUGGCGAGAAAGGGACCAGCAAAUCGAUUUGCCUUUUUAGAUGACGAUGAUGAUAAUAAGUCGGACUCUGAGCAGGAAAAAAAGCAAUCCGAUGAGGAAGAUGAACCUGUUGAGCAGGUGCCUUCAACUUCUACGAAAAAGAAGAAAAGGAAUAAGAAGAACAAGAAGAAUGGGAAGAAAUACAAAGACGAAGAGAAUGACGACGAGUUCUACGUGCCACCAAUACCGGGACAUCAUCGGACAUACUACGAUUAUGAGGACGACGAUUUCCAUAUCAAUCUAGCUGAUUUACUACGUGUCGAUCCGAAAUUGUUCGAUCCAACCAUGGAAUUGAAGCGGGCUCUCGGCAAGACAUUCCGCGAUGUAACCGGCAACGGCGCUCAGAAUUCGCGGAAUUCCUCGUUUCGUCCCGCUGGUCGAAUUAUCAAAUCGAAGCCGACGUGGCCGCCAUACCGUAAUCUCGGUUUGAGUAUGGUUUUGGAUGAGACCAAACAAGGAUAUAUGUAUUUCAAAUUCACUCACACUCAGAACUACGAGGCGCUUGAAAGGGAUAUCUUCGAGUGCGAACAUUCCGGAUCGUUAGAUAUGCUUCAAGCGAUUUGGAAUGAAGCGCCUUAUCAUCUGAAUUCGCUUCUCAUUUUGGCUCAAAUGCACAGUAUGCAGGAAAAUCUCACAAUGGCUAUUGAUUUGAUUGAGCGUGGAAUUUUCUACUGCGAGCAAAACUUUUGCGCGAAAUUCCAGCCGUUCACGUUCGGCCAUUGUAUGAGCUACGAUGUCUAUGAGAAUCGCGCAUUCUUCCUUCUUCUCCAUCAUCACAUGCGCAAUUGUGUCGAGAAGCAUUGCUUCGAGACCGCGUUGAAUGUCGCCAAAUUCAUUUUCAAAUUGGAUCCGCUUCAUGACAAUAUGGGAAUUCUUCUCUACAUCGACACUUUAUCGAUCAAAGCGCGUCAAUACGAGUUCCUUGAGCUCUUCUAUGAGGCGUAUGAGCACAGCAAGAAUUUGCAAUUCUUGCCAAAUAUGGUUUAUUCGAGGGCGAUGGCUCAAUACUUGUAUGCCAAGGAUCAUAAGGAUAUUCAGAAUUUGGCGACUCAGCGGCUAAUUCACGCGAUUCGCAGCUUCCCAACUGUGGUGACGUCUCUUCUCGAUGAACUCCAAAUCCAUCCGGAUCCGCUGCUGAUCAAUCAUAGGCAUUUCUCGGCGUUCGCGAGCAACCGCGAGCCGGUCGGCCUUCGCGACCUCAUCAAAAUCUAUGUGAAACUCUCGGCGGACUUGUGGCGAGAGCCGACGGCACUUCGUUGGCUCGAAGAGACGACGAGAAGUGUUGCUGAGGAUGUCGACGAUGCUCAUUCGAAAAUAAUGAACCAAUGGAAGGAGAAGAGGCCCGCGAUUUUCACAGGUCGCGCGAUCAACGUGACGAGAUUGGCAGCGAUUCUGGGUUAUGAUCAAUGCGAUUCUGUCACUAAUCCGUGUCCGCCGCCUGGUGAGCCGCCAAAAUUCCUUCGUGCUGCUCCAACGGUGACGAGAGGCACUGAUAGUAUGUUCGUGUCAUUCAUACGCUCGAUGUACCCAGAUUAUCAAGUGGCGGAUCCCGGGAAUUUUGGCGCGAUUCAAGCAAUAAUUGAGCGAGCGCGUUUGGAAUUCCAGCGAUUGGCUGCGCCGGCUAGACAGCCGCAAGUUGAUACUGGACAAGAGCCGAUUGUGAUUGAAAGUGAUACUACUGAUGGCGAAGAGGUUGAUGAUGGGGAUGCUGAUGAAGCCGAAGAGGAGCCGGCCGAUCGGCAGCAACGCCAAUAA